AAAAAAAAACAUUUUUUUAAAUGGACCACAUAAGAAAGUAACAGAUAUUUUAUCGUUUUUGCAUCGGUAAAAUGUUAUUGAAGCGGUACCUAAUCACUUUGAUUGAAACUUAUUGGCGUUCUAUCUGUUUUUAUCAUUAAUCUGAUGACGACAAUGAUUUAGAGUAACAUAGUGUAAUAAAUCGACAACAUUUCUUUGAUCUAGAUUAAGAAACUUAAUUUGGCGAAAACAAUUACCACACACUCUAACUAAAUAAGUCGACUGUUAUAACUGUUAAUAGAAGUUUCGUGAAUAAAAUUAAUUAUAGUAUGAAUAAUGAAAAUUACGAAUUACAACAAAGGCAUCAAGCAUCGCCAACCGAAGGGCCAUCGUCGCAAAUUUCCAAGAAAGGAACAUUUAGUAUAUUCAAAAAUUCGGAGUUUAAAACUACUUGGAGACCAUUAGUAGCAUACUGGCUGUUAGGACUUUGCAACAAUUAUGGCUAUGUUGUCAUGCUUACUGCUGCUAAUGAUAUACUCAGUGAGGAAUCAGAAGAGCCAUCGAAUAAUUCAACGGACAACCCCGAGCGCGAAUGUAACUAUAUGUCCACGGGAGCCAUAUUGUUAGCAGAUAUCCUGCCGUCCCUAUUAAUUAAAAUUACGGCCCCUUUCCUGCCUUUUUUUGUCAACGUUCGGGUAGUAAUCUGUAUACUGUUGGCUAUUAGUGGUUUUCUUAUAGUAGCUUUUAGUUAUUCGCAAUGGCUAUCUAUAUUAGGGGUUGUUGCAACCUCCCUGGCCUCUGGACUUGGAGAAAUCACAUUUUUACAAUACAGUACUAAUUAUAAUAAAAAUGUGGUUUCUACAUGGUCAUCAGGAACAGGAGGGGCCGGUAUAAUUGGGGCAUUUUCAUAUGUAGCCCUCCAAAUUUUAGGUACUAGAACAGCAUUGCUUACUAUGACAGCCAUUCCAGUUAUUAUGGGAAUUAGCUUUUGGAUUAUUCUGUCUAAACCAACAAAACUGAAUAAAAAGGAUGACGGAGAUGAAAGUGAUAAGAAAGUCAAAAAGUUAUCUUUUAAAAGGAAAGUGUAUUUUAUUCCAAAAUUACUUAAGUUUAUGAUUCCCUUGGGCUUGGUUUAUUUUUUAGAGUAUUUUAUCAAUCAAGGAAUGUUUGAACUAAUUCACUUCGAAAACACAUUCCUCGACAAAAAUUCGCAAUAUCGAUGGUUACAAGUAGAUUACCAACUUGGAGUAUUUUUAUCUAGAUCAUCUGUAAAUAUCAUCCACAUAAGAAAAAUCUGGUUGAUGGCUGUAUUUCAGCUAAUAAAUGUGAUAUACUUUACCACUGAAGUAAUAUUCUAUUACACUCCAUGGUUUUGGAUAGUGCUGGUUAUUACACUUUGGGAGGGUCUUCUAGGAGGUGCUGCAUAUGUUAAUACCUUUUACAGGGUCUCUACAGAGAUACCAGAAGAGGAAAGGCAUUUUGCCAUGGGUAUAACGACGUUCUCAGAUUCUAUAGGGAUCGCCUUAGCAGGCGUAUUAGCUAUAGUAACCCAUAAUGAAAUAUGUGCUUUACCAAAACCUGAACGAUUAGGCUAAUUUAAACUACAUCAAGAUUUUAAUACAAUUCCUUUCACUGUGAUUAUCAACUGUAUGAUUCAAGUACAAGUAUUUAGUUACAAAUAAAACAAACAUACCUUUUA